ACUGUUUGACUGCUCCUUCAAAUUGGGUCCUUUUUAGUGUUGGUCAAUGAGAUUAAUUUGGGUUCAGUGAUUGAAUUAAGGGGUAUUAGGGAUUUGGGUUUGAUUGCGCUGGCUUGGUUCAGUAGAGACUUUGAUUUCAGCUCAAUGGGGUCCAAGAUUUGCAUGAAUUCAUCGUGUGGAACUGCUACAACCCAUGAAUGGAAGAAGGGCUGGCCUCUUCGAUCUGGUGGAUAUGCUGAUCUCUGCUACAGUUGCGGAUCUGCCUACAAGAAUUUGGUUUUUUGUAAUACCUUCCACCUAGAGGAAACUGGCUGGAGGGACUGCUAUAUAUGCUGCAAGCGUCUCCACUGUGGUUGCAUAGCCUCCAAGUUUGUACUUGAACUCUUGGAUUAUGGAGGUGUUGCAUGUACUACAUGUGCUAAGAGCUCUCAACUUCCUUUAAUUCAUGGUGAUGGACUUCCUAAUGGACUUGGUGCCUUGACAAUAAACAAUGCUGGAUCCUGUUCCAUUGAAAGUAGAGUGGUUGGCGAUUAUGUUGACGGGAGAAGGCUAGUGAAAAUGGAGGCUAAUGAACACCUCCCUCUGCAGUCUCAAAGAGGUGAUGCAAAUGCAUCUUUUAGGCAAGACAGAAGAGAGGAGGUUGACCAUCCAAUUAGGGAUGAGGGUGCCAGCUUUUCAAAUCCAUUGCAGCCAUGUAUGGGACCCCCUAAGUUUGCCCAAACAUCUGUGUUAGAGGUUAAAGAUAUUCACAAUUCACUUUCUCAACCUUCUUUGAGCAUGACUUUGGCAGCUCCUUCUGGGAAUUCAAACAUCAUGCUGCCUUUUUCUAGUGUUGUAGCUGAUGCCCCAUUUCGGCUGGGGCAACGAUCUCGUCCUAUAUUGCCAAAACCCUCAAAAAAUGGCCCAGGAACAAGCACAGAAACAAAUAAAAGUGCAGUUUCACAGAUGCGGAUUGCAAGGCCACCUGUUGAGGGGCGAGGGAAAAAUCAUUUACUUCCUCGAUACUGGCCUAGAAUUACUGACCAAGAACUGCAGCAACUUUCUGGAGACUUGAAAUCCACCAUUGUGCCACUGUUUGAGAAGGUUCUGAGUGCUAGUGACGCCGGUCGAAUAGGUCGUUUGGUGCUUCCAAAAACAUGUGCUGAAGCAUAUUUUCCUUCCAUUUCCCAAUCAGAAGUUUCACAUCACCUUGGGCAUUUCAAUUCCAACUUUGUAUUAAACUGCAUUCAUAAUAUGCUGGAUUUACCAAAAACUCUGUACAGAGGGCAGGAGCAAUGGGCACAGUGUGAUGAUUGCUACAAAUGGAGAAGGUUGCCUGUUGACGUUCUUCUUCCUUCAAAAUGGACAUGUGCAGAUAAUGUUGGGAAUUCAAGCAGGUGUUCAUGUUCAGCUCCAGAGGAGAUUAGCCCAAAGGGAUUGGAGAAUCUUCUUAAGGCAGGUAGAGAUUUAAAGAAGCGGAGAGCAUUAGAAAGUCACAAGAUAGUUGAAGAACAUGAGCCGUCCAGCUUAGAUGCCCUGGCUAGUGCUGCAGUCCUGGGAGAGAAAAUAGGCAAUUCUGGAGAGUCGUCAAUGGGAGCCACAACAAAACAUCCCCGACACCGCCCUGGCUGCACUUGCAUUGUGUGCAUUCAGCCCCCAAGCGGGAAGGGGAAGCACAAGCCUACUUGCACAUGCAACGUGUGUUUGACUGUAAAGCGCCGGUUCAAAACCCUGAUGCUACGGAAGAAGAAACGGCAAUCAGAACGUGAAGCAGAAAUGUGCGAGAAGGAGAAUAAUGCAAACAAGGAUGAUAGGCAGAUGAAUUGCACAAGACAGAAUGUGGGAAGACAUGAAGUUGAUGUGGUGGAGAGCAGCACAGGACAAUUAGACCUGAACUGCCAUCCCAAUCGUGAGGACAUGCAAGCUGAAGAAGCGGAAGCGAGCAUUAUGCCUGUUGGUGAGGCAGGCACAAACAAGAUGGCGUUAGAAGAUUGUGAAGAGCAACAUAAGCUUCCCAACUCAAAGAAAGAGCAACCUGAUAGAGAGGAUGAUAGACAAUUAGCUGAUGAAGAGUUUAUUUCAAGUGUAGGGUGGGAAGGUGAUAAUAAAGGCGAGAAGGAAAGGUGCAGGGAAGAGAGAAACGGUCUUCAAUAAUGAGGAUGAUCAUCUAGUUUUUCUUUUCUUUAUUUCUUAUUAUUUUUUUUUUCUAGAAAUAAGAAUUUUUGUUUUGGCUUUUGAAUUUUCAUUCCCUACAGAAGGAAUUAAUGCAAUUUUUGUUUGUUUACAUUUCUAUUGUGGUGUAUUGAAGUAGGUUUAAUGGCAUUUCGCAUAGCCGCCAUGCAUUUAUCAACU